GCAGGUGUAAAAACUGACUGAAAUCACAAAUCAAGAGAAAUAGGUUACUAAGUUAAUAAGAUUACUGAAUCAAAUGUAUUCUGUCAUGCUUCUACGUUUACUUUGACCGUAAAAACUCUUCUAAAUUAGUUAUAGAGUAAAAUGCAUCUUGUUGUCAACCACCUUGUAAACAAUAUGGCGGACCAAGUCUAAGAAGGAGGGAAUAAAAUCCCCCAAAAUUGAAAUUAAACUCCCCUAUAAUCAGAGCUACAUUUUAAAGACACAAUCAUGCCUGGAGGAGAAUUGCAUCCUAGCAACAAAAAUGGAAGUGGUUCCUUUAGAUUUGGAACAAAUCGGCAAGUGGAGCUUACACUCCGAAAAGAAUUGGAUGACAUGGCUAAAAAAUCUCUGAAUGAAAUCGCUGUUAAAAGAGAGGAAAGACUGAAUUUUCCCCAAAGUGAUGAAAUAGUUACUUCAAGGAAGCUCCAACCAGCUUUUGUACCAGAAAGGCGUACAGAAAAGAGAAAAACAGAACCUGUGUUUCAUGAAGAGAGUCCCUCAAAAGAAGCAAAAAAGGAGCCAAAGUUUAUGUUAAAACCAGUGGUAGAGCCACCUUAUAAUCCUCUUGACAAAUCUCAAAAUGUGGAUCAAAGGAUUGCCAGUGUACACUCACGGAAACUCCCAUUUUCAAAAGAAACAACAAUCACCACAGAUGACUUGAAAAAGCCGAAAGUUUCGUCAAUUGGGAUAGUGCCAUCUAGGUCCAGUGUCAAUGUACCUGGCCUUAAAGUGAUUAUGGAAGGAAAACCUGCUCUGACUACAGAGGACUCUGCUUUAGAACAGAUGAUGCAGGUUAACUCACCGGCGAAUAAGAUGCGGGGCUUCACCCCCCUGACCUCUGAUCGGGGGACCCCAAGAGAUUUGCCGAUGCAAACUGAAAGAGAGGAGGACCUCGACCAGAAUGAAGAAACAGAAAAGAAACCCGCUAUAUUGAUGUCGGAGGGGACACUUCAGAGAGUUGCAUUUAAAGAGAGACCCAAGCCUAUUGUUCCAACCUCUUCUCUCAGGAAGACUCGCAGGAGAGCUGUGGAAAGUUCUCUUAGCAUAGCCACCUCAUUAAAAAGUGAAAACAACUUGUUGCCUGAUGAGAAUGUGUACAGUCGUUAUGAUGAGGCCAUUGCUGGUAUUGAUGAUGAUCUUCAGACAGCUGUCAGUCAUCAGGAGGCAAAGGAAGAAGGCAGGAGAGCCUCAAGUGCAGUAUCUAGUAAGUCCACAAAAGAUUUGCUGGAGGAGGCUAAAAAGAUAGCCAAGCCAGGAGCAGAACCCAUGUGGAAGAUUCAAGGCAAGAAAUCUCCACGGAAAAAGGAAGGGAAAAAAAGCAGCAGUAAAGACAAGAAGGCACAGGAGAAAUUGAAGAGUAAGGAGGAGGAGGAGACGGACGGGAAGCCCCGCCCCCGCUCCGAGCGGUCAGUGGACGAAAUCAUCGCCUCACUGAGGGCCCAGAGCUCAGGGGCCCGCACCCAGGUUUCUGAUGCAGACAGAAAAAUCCAGGAGAUUAUGGACCGAGUUAUGUCCAGGGCUAGUGCUGUUUUAAGUGAUGGUAGUGAUCCAAUGGAUUCAAAAAGAGAUUCCGAAAUUGGAUCUGAGGCUCGCAGUACUCCGCACACGCCGCUUCCGGGAGAUGGCUCUUCGCCGAGCGGUGAAGAUCAGGAUGAUAAAAAAGACAUUGAUGUGCCAGCUGAUAUUCCAGAAGAUGAGGAGUUUGAGGACGAAGCUUUGGAGCUGGAGGAGCGAGAGGAGAAACUUCCCAGUGAGGACCUGACUUCUGAGGCCAAGACGGGGGAGGAGGAGCCUGAGGCACCUGCUAUCGCUGAACCUCAAUCUCUGCCAGCAGAGGUGCCCUCUCUCCACCUCACAGAUUUAGGAGGGGCCGAGGAUGAUUCCUCAUCUGAGGAGGGAGAGGAAGAAGAAUUGGUAGACAUUAAACAAGCCUGGGAGGACCUGAUGGCUCCUCCUGAGGCAACUUGUGAGGAUAUUGUCAGUGUCCAGGGUAAAAACUUGGACCUGUUGAGCAGACAGCCGGCUCAGGGACCAGUGACCAACAAAAUGACUGUGUUCUCUGAUGCUGUGUCCUUCCUGUCCACCUGGAAACCUAUCACCCCCUCUAAGUACCAGCUACCAGAGAUAGAGGAGGAGGAAAAGAAGCCGAUGAAACGUGUCCACCAUUUCUGUACAGUCAACGAUGACUAUCAGCUACCUAAUGAGUACAAAAACUUGGGCAGGAAAUACCACACUCCAAGCAAGUUUGACUCUGGACAACAACCAGCUCGAUAUGUAGGAGGAUAUGAGGAGAAGGAGAUACAGGAGGAUGAAGCCUCAGUGUACUCUGAUUCUACAGCCGCUCAGGAGGCCGAGGAGAAGAGACUUGCAAUUGCUGCUAGACGAGUUCUCGAGGAGACAAAGAAAGAUACAGAGGAAACUCUGGAGGCCUGGCAGCAGAAGGCCAAUGAAGUGUUUAACAUUGCUCCAGUGUCAGUUGAAGGAACAAAAAUGUCAGUCCUGUCUGAUGAAUCUCGCCUUUACUGGACACCAGCCCCACCCAAAUUUGACGUGCAGCCUGCCAGGGUCAAGGAUGUUUUGUUCCCCGACUACCAGCCGGCCUCGCUUGGAAUGGAUCCACAGGAAGUGGCAGCCACACGGCAGAUGGAGGAGAUGGAGGAGAGCUCUGAAGAGGAGGAAGAAAUGGAGAUGGUGGACUCUGCUGAAGAGAGAUACCAGGAAAUAUACAGACUUUUGUAUCACAAGAGUACCUCAAUGGAAGAUCUGACAGAGUUUGUGAAAGCAGCAAAGCAGAGGGAGGAUGACAUCAAAGAUGGGAAAAUCUACCCAUAUGAAAAAAGAAAACUGCUAAAGGAAGAACAAGACAAACUUGAUCAAGCUGCUCCCCCGCCCCCUCCCCCUGAUGCUGAGACUAAGGAAGCACUGGUUACUCCGGUACUCCAAAGGACAACUGAAAUGACAGAUAACGAGAUUUUCCCUGUGUUUGUCCCAUUAAGAAGAAGCACAUCAACUUUGGGGCUCAGUAAGGGGUUGGACGACACUUUACUGGUUCCUCAGGAUUACAAUGCAGCCAUGGAGGAGAUUUCCACUCAAAAAUCCAAUGUCAGGCAAAUGAAACUAAACAAGAAGUUAUUAGAAGCAAAAGAAAAAGAGGAAGAGAGUAGACUUGAAUGGCAGUUACAGCAAGAGAAGAUAGCAGAAGAGAGGGCGGAGACAUAUAAAGAGGAACCAAAGAUGAAAGAUGAGCCUACACCAGCAGAACUUGCGCUUCAGGCAGGCAGGGCAUAUGUCAUCCUUCCCAAAAAAGGAAAAAAGAAGUCGAAACGCAAAGCCCCAAUCUCGAUGGAGAGACUAGAACAGAUUGAGAAGUUCCUCCGAGCACCUCCUAAACCUAUUGAGCGCUCUAACUCCAUGCUCAAAAUUGUUCCUCCCGUGGAGAGGGAACUGAGAGUGUCCUCGAAAGUGAGACAAGGAUCUCGCCUCAGCCUGCCGAACCUUUUGGAUUUUGAUUCCUUCACAAAAAUCAAGAAAAUGCCCAACGACUGUGUCCCCAGGGAGUGGGUGCGAGACAUGUGGAAUGGCUGGUUUGACCAGGUGUUCCCCCCUACUCCCUCCGAGUCCGAGGAUGAGGAACCUGAGUACCAGCCAGAUGAACCCGUGUCCCAAACACGUGAAGAGAAGGAGAAGGAAAAGAAAAGGAAAGACUCUUUGAGCAGCUAUAUCUCUGAUGCCUUGAGUGAGAUUGAACCACUGGACGAUUCAGAGCAAAAUAUUGAGCUUCACCAGAUAAUCCAUGAAGAGAUUCAGAAAUUAACUGGUCAAAUUGCAAUGGGAAAACCGAAAGCGUUUGACCUCUGUAGAAGAGGAGCUCUCUAUAGAAAGGUUGGAAUGAUAAAAGCAGCCCAGAUAGACCUUGAUCUGGCCAUCAAGAUGGAGCCCCUGCUUCUGGAUGCCUACUGGCACCGACAUCUUCUGUAUCUACUGAAGGACCAGAAACAACAGGCCAAGGCUGACCUGACCUUCAUCCUUAAGUACAACAACAAGCAUGGCGGGGCAUACAGAUCCAUGGCAGAGAUAUUGAGGAAGGAGAAUAAUCCCAAUGAUGCAAUAAUCAACUACUCCAUGGCCAUCAAGCUAAAUCCCAGAGACCAUGAAGCUUACUUCCAAAGAGCAGCCAUGUAUGAAAAGACUGACAAGAUGCCAUUGGCUUUGGAUGACUUCAUGAUGUGCAAGAAGAUUCUCCCAACCAGAACUGAUGCCAUUUUAAAGCAUGCCAUGUAUUAUUUCCAACAGAAAAAUUGGAAUACAGCCAUUCAAGACUUCACAGACCUUCUGAGGGUUGACCCUUUGAACUCUAUGGCUCGCAUGUAUCGAGGUCGCGCCCUAGCAGAGCAAACCCAGUGGAACGCUGCAGUAGAAGACUUGUCAGCAGCUAUUCAUUUAGACCCCAAGAGCUGGCAGGCAUUCUUUUACAGGGCCUGUAUUCUUAGAAAGGCUCAUCCAAAGCAAGCUCUACAUGACUACAGUGUCUCCCUCCUCAUCAACGACAAUGAUGACAACGUCAUGUCUUACCUUCAUCGAGGCAUCCUGUACAAUUCCAUGAACAGGUUUGAAGAUGCUAUCCCAGAUUUUGAAAGUGUGCUCAAACUAAACAAGGAUAUUGCUUGUGCUCAUGUGAAUCUAGGUCUUAUUUACAUGAACCAUUACGAGAAUUAUCACAGAGCCAUCAAGAAGUUUACUGCAGGCAUCAAGGUGGAUCCUACGUAUGUGAGGGCAUAUGUCUGCCGUGGGGAAGCAUAUCACAAGAUACAUGAUCUGCGUGCUGCAUUAAAAGACUUCACCAGAGCUAUACAUCUACGUCCAGAUGUCCACCAUUACUAUAUGUACAGGGGUCAGCUAGUGCUGGAGCUAGGAAAUCUGGAGAUGGCCGCUUUCUGUGUCAAGAUGUUUGAACUAGGCAGGCAAGCCAAAAAAGAUUCGAUGGCACGACAUGCUUCAGAGAUGAGCUCCAACUCCUCUCUGGGAGAGAUGCCCACACAGCAAGCAGUGGUACAGUCCUUCCUGAAGAAUUAUGACAAGGCCAUAGAAGCUCUCAAUGCCGCGACACGAGUGAAACCAGUUCCGCCAUUGUUCAUGCUUCUGGGCAAAACUCAGAUGAAGGCCAAGGUAUUUAAAGACGCCAUCACCAGCUUUGACAGAGCUCUACAGCUAUAUCGAGAUAGCAAUGGGAAACCAUGGAGACGAGAACCUUGGCCAAUGGAGGCUUCUGAGUGUCAUUUCCUGAUUGGUAUGUGCCACAUCGAGUUGAAAGGUUAUCACGAAGCAAAAGAUGCGUUUACCUCAGCAGUCAAAAUCAACCCCAACUAUGCUCAGGCUCUCUAUCAAAGAGGUGUGGCUAAGAUGAAGCUCAGCAGCCGAGGCUUGAGUAGAGAAGGAAUCCAAGACUUCAACAGAGCUCUAGCCAUCAACCCUAGAAUAUUCCAGGCAUACCUUAGCCGAGCAUGUUAUUACGGCAUGAAGAAGAAUUACACUAAGGCUAUUCUGAACUGCAAUGAGGCCACCAAGCUCCAGCCCCGCAGUGUUCGGGCUUACCUUUACAGAGGGGCACUCAAGUAUCAUAUCAAGGCCUAUGACCUUGCCAUCCGUGACCUUGACAUUGCCAUCGGAAUAGACAGUACAUGUGACCUGGCAUUCUUCAACAGAGCUGUCUGCUACCAGGAGAAGAAAAAUUACCAUAAAUCUCUGAAAGACUAUGGUAUAGUGCUGCUACUUGGAGAUGACAACAGACUCCGAACAAAGGUCUUGAUCAAUCGAGGUUUGCUGUACUUCUCCCAGAAGGAUUACACCAAUGCUCUCUAUGACUUUAAGAUGGCUGCUAAACUAGACCCGCAGAACUACAGAAUUCUCCAUACACUGGGUCUCUGCUACCACAAAAUGGAUCGACUGAAGGAAGCAGUAGGGGUGUUUACUUCCUGUCUGGAGAGAAAUCCAUUCUUUUUGGAUGGAAUCAUUGCACGUGGAAAUGUCUAUAUGGAUUAUGGUUCUCAGGGAGGAAUCAUUUAUGCCAGACGAGAUUAUGAGAGAGUUUUGAUGCAAAAUCCACUUCAUCUGCCAGCUCGAGUCAACCUGGCGUACACUCUACAAGUGUCUGGCAAGUUCAUGCACGCCUGGAGACAGUUUACAGCUGCCAUCGAGAUCAAUCCUAGGUUCAAGCCUGCCUUAGAGGGCCGGGCAGUGGUCAAUCUCCAGAUGAGCAACACGUUUGCAGCCUUCCAGGACAUUUGUGAGUCCAUCAAGGUGUCGCCCACAGCAGAGUUACUGACCAACAGAGGCGUCAUUAACCAGUUCAUGAAGGACCGUGUGAACGCCAUGAAGGACUACCAGAAUGCCAUCAGGAUGGACCCCACCUACUCACUGGCUUACUUCAAUGCCGCCAAUGUGUACUUCCACACCCGGCACUUCAAACAGGCUCUGAAUUAUUACAACAGCGCGGUGGAACACAACCCCCAGGACGAGUCUGCCCUACUGAACCGGGCCAUCACAAAAGUAAUGUUGCGAGAUUCCCAGGGUGCACUUGGAGACUUCAAGGCAGCCAUUAAACUUAGUCCGCACACGGCCCACAUGUAUUUCAACAGAGGAAAUCUGUAUGCUUCCAUGGAGCAGUUUGAUCAAGCAGAAAAGGACUACUCUAAAGCCCUCUCACUAAAACCUGACGAUCCCCUUGUGCUGAAGAGAAGAGCAGACGUCUUAGGUAAGCUGGGGAAACGUGAUGAGGCCAUUGAGGACUAUAAACGAGCAGUGGAAAUCCAAAGUCAUCUGACAGGGAACUAAAACGGGGAAAAAGUCACCCAAAGCUAAAGACAUGCAUGAAAACAGUGUUCCUAAGCAAUUUCUGCCAAAUGGUCAUUUUGAUGAAAUUUGGCUUUAUUUUGUGGAAAUAUUUGUAUUUCAUUAUUUAUUUUGUUGACAGUGAUAGUUUUAUGUAUACAUGGUAAUCCCCAAAAAUACUUUGUCCACGUCUGUUUACCGUAAUUCCGUCCGUAAGAUUUGGAAUCGACUGCUGACCCGAACUGUGAUACUUGGCAUUUAUACGACAUUUUAUUUAAGGUUGUGAUUGGUUGUUGAAAAUAAAACAAAAAGCAAUUCAUAGUUUUGUUUUUCAAGUUUAUUUUUUUUUCAGAGUGUACAAAAUAUGGUUAUCAAUAAAAAAAAGAAAGAUCAGUGAUUGACAAUAUUUACACAGCACAUUGAAGAUAACGUGAUUAUUCACCAAAAAUCAACAAACACUUUGUUUCCUUAGUGAAAGAUUUUUUUUUUUCAUGAUUUAUAUGAAUCAAUGUAACAAUUACUUCUGGAGUUUCUCCAUAUGAUAACUGCUUUCAUUGAUUCAAAAGUAAAUGUUCCUGGUUUGUAUCUUGACUAGCACUUUAAAAAUUGAACUGUAUGAUGGAGAGUGAGAGAGAUACGGAAGACAGGUUUUCGAUGUAGAAAUGUUUUGGUAUGGUGUGAGCAAUAAGAAUAAUGUUAUUUACAAAAAAUGCCUAAUGAGUGUUAUGAUUGGUCCAUAAUUACUUACAAAAAAUGUGUAACAUCUCUAACAAACUGAUGAACAUGUUCUACAAAAUAUAAAAAAAACCUGAUUCACAUGCAAGGUCAUAUUUGAAAAAAAACCCACCAACAAAACACUCAAUACAUGUACUAGGUAUGCAGGGCAAGCAGUUGGGCAACUACUAAAUAGUACAAAGCAUACUAGUACUUUCUCUAAUACACACAACAUUUAGAACUGUACAGAAAUUAAUUAGAUUUAAAGGAUAAAGCUCAUUAAUAAUGCCCUUUGCUUUCUGCUAAUAUCCACCUGGUAAAUGCUGUGAAAUCAAAAAUAUUCCUUUGGGAUUCAUUUUCCUCCUCCAUAAACCAUAAAACAUGGCAUAUUAUUCAGGGCUUUAAUACGUUAACUUUUUUCCUGACUUAAACCGAGUAACAAAUUGUAAAUGCCAAAAAUCCUCAAAUCUUUCUUUAAUCAAGAAAAUUAACUCUUGCAAAAAUUAAAGAUCUCACUGCAAGCAUACACAGUCCUGUUUUCCAUGCGGUGUAUCCAAUGAAGCAUUAGGUUAUAUAAAAUAUUAAGAGUUAUUGGUAUGUGAUUAAUACUUUACAACCAAUCAGAAUGUGUUUUACUUUUUAAAAGUACACCUUACAACCAAUCAUUAGAGGCUUUGUUUCUUUUCUAUAGGAAACUAACUUAAACAAUUCGAGACAACCAAACAAUGAGGCCAGCUGUGCACUUUUUUAAGGAUACAGGAAAGCUUAUUGCACGAAACAUUAACACCAUCUCAUAGAGAGUAAUACUUCACAAGAAUCAAACACACAAAACAUUUCAUACAUAUAUAUACAC